AUGACCAUUUACCUACGGAAGAAAGGUUCAAGUGAUUUGAAAACACUGGGGAAAACGCUUGGCAUCAGGAUUCAGCCGUUUUCACUGGAUCGUUUCAAACCUGACGAACAAGACGAUAAAAACUCUUAUUUGAAACUUACUGGUUCGAUUAGCCGCGUCAAUGAUGCGCGAAAUGCCGUCGUCACAUUUCUCGAAAACUUGUGUGAACAAGAGAGACAGUAUCCUUGUCCGAGUUGGGACAUUGCAACAAAGAUUGAGCGAAAGGUUCGAGCGCAUCUCAUAAAGCUCCUCGACUCGAAAGAUUGUUCAGCAGUCGGUUGGCUCAAAAACUACUCUAGGACUGUUCGACUCGAAACACAGCCCGAAAAUACACUAACAGUGGUUGGGUUCAACGAAGAUGCGACUUCGAACGUGUUCCAACAAUGCGAAAAUCUUAUCGGAGAAUUCUUGGUUUGGACGCCAUCUGAUGGGGAAUUUGACAUGAUAUUUCAAAGAUUGAUCGUGAGAAAAUCGCCGUCGCUCAAAGAAUUCGAAAACGAAUGGGACGCGAAUAUCCAGUUGAAGCGUGAUCCGAAUUCGAUCAUCAUUUGGGCACGAUCGAAAAUGCUCGUUGCUGAGAUUCAGACAGCGAUGCUCACUUUGGCAAACAAACAGCCGGCGCGACAGAAACGCCGUUCGGAAUUCAUUCGAAUUCCAAAGAAUAUUCGUCGAUUCAUCGACGAAGACACAAAAUCGCUAAUCGACGAGGCCAGAGCACAAGAAGUUUUCCUCGAAUCGAGAGGUGGUGAAGUAUUGAUAUUUCGUGGUCCUUUAGAUCACGUUAUAAAACUGAAAGAAAAGAUCGACAACAUUAUUAAACGUGCGCAAGAGCAGGUUGUCGAGCGCCGUUUACGAUUUGCACUGGUCGAGUCCGAUUUCUUGCGUGCAAACAAUUACAAAGUAGCAUUAAGGGUGGAAGAAGAAACAAAUACAGUUAUUCGUUAUAUCAACGUUGAUUCGAAUGAUGAAAAGACCAAUUUCGUAAAAAUCAUUUUUCAAAAUAUUCGCGGUCAGACAAUAAUCGUCGAUAUAGGCGACAUUACCAAGGUCGAACACGUCGACGCCAUCGUCAACGGAGCAAAUGGGUCUUUGAAGCACGCUGGCGGUGUUGCUAAAGCGAUUGCGAAAGCAGCUGGGCCCGCAUUGGAUCAAGAAUGCAAAGAAUUGAUUUCGAACAACGGCGACUUACCAAUUCCUGUUGGCCGAGCGG